CGUUGCCAUUCCUAAUUUAAGCUAUCACAAAUACUAUAUUUAUUUUAUUUUUAUUUUUUUGUGACAUUUUAGACCGUCGCUAAUAAUACUGUUCGCAACGUCAAAUACUGUCGCAAAAAUUUUUUUGGAGACGACAACCAAUAUCGUAAAAGUGAAGUUUUUUCCCCUUUUUUUAUGUCAAGUUUAACCGUCGCAAAAACCAUUGAUUAGCCGUCACUACAAGAAUGCGACAGUUUGUAACCGUCGCAAAUACUUUUUGUUACGCCUCCUUCUACCAUCUCCCAUUUCUCGUCGUUGCUCCGUAGCAAAAGACUUUUUGCGAUGGUAUAUGGACCUUUUACGACGUUUAAGACCGUCGCAAAAAGUCUAACUUUUGGUAGUGGGAUGGGUAUAGAAAAUGACAAUGGUCUACAAAGUUUUUCAUUCAAUUUGGCUUAUGCGAUUCCAAUUGAGAUACAUUUGUGUCUAACUAAUCACUUUGUGUUAAAUUAAUUCAAUUAUUAAUACCUUAAAAAUUUUGACCAAAAGUCGUCACAUAUCUCUCAUAUGAUUUGUCAUCCUCCUUGUAACCUCUACACUUCAAGACGGAGCGAAGAUUAAAAAUAAAUAAAUAAAAAGCCACAUAAUGAUAACUCACUCAAUUCACAAUAUGCACAUAAGGGUGUAAAAAUGGUCCGCAGCCUAUGGGCGGUCCAAAGCCUGCCCACGGUUCGGGGUGGGCCUAGGUCUGAGUCCAACCUGGAAUCUUGGGCCUAGGUCGUCAUUUUAAAGCCCGAUCCAUCCCGUGGGCCCGAUCUAUCGUCCCGUUGAAAGCCUGGAUUGAGGUCUGGUCCGCUCGAGACCCAAUGUCAUUUUUACUGAAAAAGAAUAAAAUUUUAUGAAAAAAAUAAAAUAAAAAAAAUGUUUAGGCCUACCUAGACCCGGCCCAAGCCCAAGACUAUCAGGCUGGCCAACGUUUGAAUACCCUUGGGCUUGGGCCUAAUUUUACCGACCCGGCCUAAUUUUUUUUGGACAGAAACCCAUGUGGCCCGACAUGGGCCAGCCCAAGCCCAGACCUGGGUGGUUCGAGCUGGAUCAAAUUUAUAUCCCGAUAUGCAUAUGUGGCUUAGGCAAGUCAUAUUGUCAUGAAAAAAAAUAACUAUUUUCUAAGCUGAAAAUGGCUUGGUAGUUUUUGUUGCCAUCAAUAUAUUGACAGUGAAACAAAUUUCUUGAAAUGGUACCACCAAUUUUUUAAGAACUUUUAAUGGCUGAGGAAAAAAAGUGUAUGAUAUGAAUUGGGAUAACAUACAAAAGUCAAAAAGUUACUAAAAAAAAAUGAAAAAGUUUGGGGGAAGUUUAGAGGGUAAAAUUAUUAGUUUGCUCUUUAAAUUCAACUACCCAAAAGUCAAAAACUUAAAAUUCAAAAAGUCAACAAGGGUAGAAUGCUCAUUUUGAUUUUACUACAAUAAUUUAUUAUACAUCUUUUCGUAAAAAUUCAAAAAGUUAUUCCAAAUAUACAUUUUUUUGGUCUACUUUUUAGCUAAAAAGUAAAAAUUACACAUUCUAAACAAUCCUUUUAAGGGUUGUUCGGCCUUGGCCAACUUAUGGCCUUGGGAUGGGCUAAGCUCAGGCCCAGCUUGAGGAAAUUUGGGCCUAAUAUGUGGCCCAAUUCUAAGACAGCAUAAGUUGGGCCGAGACCCAACAGAUCGGCCAAGCUUGGGCCAGCCAACGGUCCUUAAACCAACAUUCUCCCUCUUCAAAAUUCACAACCUUUAUUGAUUUGUCCAUGCCAUGCAUGCAAGUUUGACUCUAAUUACUCCAGCCAUAAUAGCAAAGAAUAGUGGCAAUGUAAGAAAAAAUAACCUAUAUAAAGUAAUGAACUAUUAACUGUGUCAUAAAAAAUCUAUCUUUAGAAAAUCUAUGUUAAGGUACACAACAAUAUGGCAUUAAAUAGUUGUGAAACACAAUUCGCAAAUUUUAUUUUAUUAACAAAAUAAAAGUUAAAAAAGAAAUUACAAGCACGUUGUCUCUUAUUUUGUCGCAAUAUUUAUAAAAAAUGGUAGAAUUCACCAACGUUGUAAUCACAAGUUGCAACUUCUUCGGACUACUACUAUCAAUCGUCCCCAUCGCCAGUGCUACAUACAUCUUCAUCAAUGGCCCUGUAUCAUGCGAUGAUGAAUCCCCGGUAGUGACCAUGGCACUCGGAGUUUUCAUUCUUGUCAUGUCGGUGGUGGGGUUGAUCGGUGCAACAGCAAAAUGUAGGGUUUUGAUGUUGACUUAUCUAUGGAUGUUUUCUGUGGUGAUUGUCAUGGCCCUUUGCAUGACGACAAUCACUUUUGUGGUGACAAGCAAUAGUCCUGCGGAUGUAGUCAAAGCCAGCAGAGGGUACAAACUCAAAGAAUUCAUGCCAUUGUUCACAAAAUAUAUGGUGAAUGAUGGGAAAUGGGUUGAUGCCAAGAACUGUAUGAUUGAACAACAUUUCUGUAAGAUUAGGCUCCUUAAUGCUACUGAUAAUGAGGUGGAAUAUACUAAGCAGUUCGGUUGUUGCAGACCUCCACCCCAAUGUGGUUUUGUGCCGCGUCAAAAUGAAACCUCAUGGGAGCUGCCAAAAAAGGGUCUUGCUUCCAAGGACCAUGACUGCGUUGCUUGGAGCAGCAACCGCGACAAGAUGUGCUAUGACUGUGAGUCAUGCAAGGCUGGCCAUGUCGCUGCACGUGUGAUUGAACUUCAUGGUGAUUCCGGCUUCUGCAUUGGCUUCCCCAUCUUCCUCUUCAUCAUCUUCGGCAUUGCUUACUGUGCCUUGAGAAAUAGCAAUCAGAAGUGUAGAGGCUGUGUUUGAUCCACCAUUUUUUAUAAUUAUUCUGUAAUGAAAACUUAUGUUUAAUUCAAUCCAAAUGUGGUGUUUUACUAAUAAUUGUGUCAAUUUUGUGAUUUAUAUGAUUGGAAUAUUGUUUUAUUGGAA